UGGAGGGAGAAGCUAAGAGGAGCUGACUCCAUCUGUCCAUCAAACAGGCCAUUAAGGUUCAUUUCUCAUUCCUCUGCUUAACCCUGACCAGUGACCAAAAUCGGCACCUCCUUCCUCCAUUGACUUCACGUUCUCUUCGAAACCCCUGAGAGCAUAGCACUGCCCCUUCGCCCUCCCUGCCUCCAGAUCACUGCGCCUCCUCCUCCCUCCCUCUAGAUCACGGGAUUCUCUUCGAAAGAGCAAAGCACGAGUUCCUUCGAAAAUUCAGAUCCAGGAGUAGUCAUCUGAACAGGAGAAGAUUAUAUUGAAAUGGUGAAAUGAUUUGUCUGAUGCGUAUUACAGUUUGGACACAACCAAGAGAUUCAAGCCCUGCAAUGGCAUACACUGUCCAAGGAGAAUCUUCCUCAACCACUUCUGCUUUUAAUUCCACUCCAACUUGGAAAUAUGAUGUUUUCUUGAGUUUUACAGGAAAAGACACUCGCUUGAAGUUUACAGAUCACUUAUAUGAUGCUCUCACAAGAAGUGGGAUCAUGGCUUUUAAGGAUGAUAAAGAACUUGAGAGAGGAGAAGUUAUAUCAGAACAGCUCAGUCGAGCAAUUAAGGAUUCCCUCUGUGCAGUUGUCAUUCUCUCUGAAAAUUAUGCGUGUUCCACAUGGUGUUUGGAUGAAUUACAAAAAAUUCUUGAAGGCAGGAGUGAAAUGGGUCUACAAGUUUUUCCCAUCUUCUAUGAUGUGGAUCCAUCUAAUGUAAGACAUCAAAGAAAAUGUUUCAAAAGAGCUUUAGCAAAACAUGAAGAGAGAUUUAAGAAAAGCAAUGAUAAAGUGCAGGAUUGGAGAAAGGCUUUGUUUGAAAUUAGCAACUGACACUGGCUGGGAUACCAGGGAUCAGUAAGUUUUUUUAUUCCAAUGGGCUGUUGGAUCAAUUCUUUCCCCCCAAUUCACAAUCCAAUUAUCUCCCCAUCACUGCUAGUGAUGUUAUGCUUAUAUCCUAUGAAAUUAUCUCCCCAUUCCCACGGCAUCAAAAGAAUGUAUUCUAGUUUUAGUAGACAAUAUUCAUGAAAAGUCAUAUUUUUCAUUAUUGUUUUAUUUUAUAAUAACUAUAUAACUCAUGUUAAACAAUGUUAAUUUAUUUUUUUUGUGGGCAUGAAGCAAAUCUUAUCACAAAUGUAGUUGGAAGGAUAUGGACUUAUUUAUGUUCUAAGUUGCCAUCUUGUGAUGAUAAUCUGGUUGGAACAGAGCCAAGAAUGAUUGAUCUAAUGUCAUACUUGGAGAUGGGGAUGGACGACGUUCGCGUUGUAGGGAUAUGGGGCAUGGGUGGUGCUGGUAAAACUACUCUUGCUAGAGUUGUUUCUGAAAAAAUCUCUUCCAGAUUUGAAAUGUGUUGCUUUCUUGCCAAUAUUAGAGAAACUUUACAAAGAGAAGGCCUAGUUGCUUUGCAGAAAAGGCUUCUUUCUCAUUUCAAAAUAAAAAACUUGGAAAUAUAUGAUGAUUAUGAAGGAAUGAAGAUGAUAAGAAAGCUUUUUUGCAAUAAAAAGGUUCUUCUUGUCCUUGAUUUAGAUCAUGCGAGUCAAUUAAAUAAUUUGGCUGAAAGUCUAAAUUGGUUUGGUAAAGGAAGCAGGAUAAUUAUCACAACAAGAUAGACAUGUGCUCACCUCAUGUGGAGGGAAAAUAUAUGAGAUGAAAGCCAUGCAGAAACUCGAGUCUCUUCAACUCUUUUCUAACAAAACAUUCAAGAAAGAUCAUCCUGAAAAGGAUUACUUGGAGUUGUCUAAAUCUGUAGUUGAAUAUACAGAAGGCCUUCCGUUGGCACUUAAUGUUUUAGGUUCUUUUCUUUGUGGAAGAAGUAAAGCUGAGUGGAAAGAUGCUUUAGAUAGAUUGAAGCAAAUUCCAGAUGAUGGUGUUGUUCAAAAACUUCAAAUAAGUUAUGAUGGAUUAAAAGAUGAAGAAAAGACAAUAUUUUUGGAUAUUGCUUGUUUCUUCAAAGGGUGGAGGAGAGAUGAAGUAACCCAAAUUUUGGAAUAUUGUGAUCUUCAUCCAACAAUUGGAAUAAAUGUGUUGAUUGAAAAAACCUUACUAGUUGAAAUGGAGGAUCAUCUUGGAUACUGUACUUUAGAGAUGCAUGAUUUACUUGAAGACUUGGGUAGAUAUAUAAUUUGUCAAGAAUCUACUUGCAUUGGUCAGCGUAGCAGGUUGUGGGAGUUAGAUGACAUUAAGGAAGUAUUGGAAAAUAACAAGGGAUCUGAAGCAUUACAAGCUAUUGUUGUGAAUGGGCACUCAGAUGAAGUUAAAGUGCAUCAUGAAGCUUUUUCAAAAAUGAGUAAUGUUAGAUUACUCAUGUUACCAAAGAUGAAUGGUAUUCGACUAAUCUUACCAAGGGGUUUGAUACAUUCGUGUGGUCUCAAAUGUCUCUUUGGUGCUUUAAAAGUUGUUCGAUGGCCAUCAUUUCCCUUGGAAGCUCUUCCACUUGAAACCCCAUUGGAUAAACUUGUUGAUAUUCAAAUGCAUUCUAGCAAAAUAAAGCAACUUUGGAAUGGCAUACAGUUUAUGAAAAAGUUGAAACGUAUUGAUCUGAGCUUUUCUCACGAUUUGACCAAAACUCCAGACUUCUCAGAAGUUCCAUAUUUAGAACAUUUAAUUCUUCUACAUUGUUCAUCCCUUGUCAUGGUUCAUCCAUCACUUGGAGAGUUAAAAAAGCUUGUCACGGUGAAUUUUUCUUGGUGUCAAAAGCUUGAACUUUUUCCAAGAAAAUUGGAAACAAAUUCUUUGGUAAAGUUAAAUCUUAGAUCGUGCUCCAAAUUUGCAGUACUCCCAGAGUUUGGGGAAGGUAUGAAAAAAUUAUCAUAUCUUAAUGUAUUUUUCACUGCUAUGGCUAGAGUUCCUGAAUCACUUGGAUCCUUGACUGGUCUUGAAUAUUUGGAUUUGUGUGGCUGCAAAAUUCUUGAUCCUGACAAGAAGUUGAAGACUCUCAUAGCUCGCCAAAUUUCAGGCUUGAAUCUGACAUCGUUAACAGAGUUAUAUUUAGGAAAGUGUGGCUUAAAAGAUGGAUCGAUUCCUGAUGAGUUUGGCAGUUUAUCAUCUCUCAUUGUAUUGGACCUAAGUCAAAAUGAUUUUGUUGAUCUACCCACUGGUUGCUUCUCUAGUCUUUUUCAACUUCUCUAUCUUUUUCUGGAUGAUUGCAAAAGGCUGAAGUCAUUGCCAAGGCUUCCACCACGGUUAAUCCGAUUGGGUGCUUCCUUUUGUUAUUCGAUGAAACCCUUAUCAGAUAUACAUCUGUGGGAUUUGGUUGCUUCACUUGACCAUGAGUAUCGUUGGGGAACUAAAUAUGUAAAUAAUGAGGUAUUUAAUGAUAUCUCAUUGUGGCUCAAGUACACUGAGUUAGAAUAUCUUCCCCAGAGAGAUUUUUGUGCAAUUAUUCCGGGACGCAAAAUACCAUUAUGGUUUCCAAAUAAAGAAUAUUAUCCUUGGGAUGAGAGUAGAAAGGAAAGUGUGAUAAAGGUAGAUAUACUUCAAUAUUUUCGUGCUAGUGAAUGGUCCGGAAUCGCUAUAUGCCUCCUUUUCUCAGGUCCUUAUGAGUGUCUGAUUUCUUGGAGUAGUAAAGCUCUGGAAGAUGAUGAGUAUACAUGGAAAGAGUGGGCACAUUAUAUUUCCUCCUCUCGCCAGUCUUCUCACCUUUGCGUAAUGGUUUUGGAAUUGAAUGAGAAAACAUGUUGGCAACAUCUAAGGGGUCAUAACAAUUCCCUUCACAUUAAACUUUCGACUUACCCUGUAAUUAAUGGUGCUGAAGACGUUAAAAUAGGGGGAUGGGGGUGGAGAGUGAUAUGUAAAGAAGACAUACAAGAGUGGUGUAAUCUCAAUGGUUUCAACCAAGUAAUGGAGCCACAUCUUGCAGGUCCUGAUGAAGUCCGGCUUUCCCAACGCCUACUUGACAAAGUAAUUAGAAAGGUGCCGGAGCAUGUGGAUUUGGCCAGAAAGAGAAAAAAACAAGAAUAGGUAAUAAUGUAGUAGAAGUUAUGCAAACAUGCGCGCAGGUUAUGUGGUUGACAUAGCAGCAUAAUAUCAGCACCUUCACUACUUGCUCAAAUCAAAUGCUGUUCUUGGGACAGCAACAAAUGUGGAAAUGUGUUUAUCAUUUGUUGAUGGAUUUAUUUAAUUGUACAGUUUUGAAUCUUCUGUUAUACCUCGCAAUGGGAGCAGCUAUUGGAUUGAGGAGAAUGAACAAUGAAUACAUGAAGGGAUAGGAAAACCAAUUUGUUAAAAGAAUAUUAUCCUUUGGGUGAGAAUGGAUAAAAGUGGACUUGCCUCGAUGUUUACAUGGAAGUGAAUGGUUUGGAACUGUUGUAUGCCUCCAUUUCUGAAGUUCGUAAGGUCUGAUGUGGUGGGGUAGUAAAGUUGCAGAAGAUGAUUAUGUUGAUUAUAUAGAUACACAAACACUUGGUGCAGGCUAUUGAAGUUUGGAGGAGUAGCUUGAAAAGUGUGUAAAAGAGGCGGAAAGAGAAUAAUAGGUAACGAUGACUCAUCUUCAUCGUACACAUUCCCUUCUCAAAUAGUUGUCAUUUUAGAUUUUUUCCCCAAUAAAAAAAAUAUUAUUACAUGACGAA